UAUUAAAAAAUAAAAAAAAAAAUAAAGAAAAAUAUUUUGGGCCAGUUUUCCUUUGAUAAUAAAAAAAAAAUCACAUUACCAUUUACCACCAAAUGAAAGCCCAAUUUGUCCUGAAAAAACAAGGUAUAAUUCACCUGGAUGUAGAAAGUAGGUGUGAUAUGUACGGUUUUACUAACACAUGUCAACAUUGCAAAAUUAUGCUCAGGCAUUUAGAAUUGUUUUACCCUUAGGUGUGAAGGGGUUAAUCUAU